AUGGCGGUCGAAGAUGAGGAUAAGACGGCCUUCGUCACCAAUGAAGGAGUGUUUUGUUUUACUAAGAUGCCGUUCGGUUUAAAAAACGCCGGUGCUACGUACCAGCGUCUGAUGAACAAAGCUUUUAAGGACCAGAUCGAACGAAACGUGGAGGUGUACGUCGAUGACAUCGUGAUAAAAAGCCAUGAUGAGGCCGCCAUGCUAAAAGAUAUACUCGAAACAUUUACUCGGCUCCGAAGCAUUAACAUGAAGUUGAAUCCGAAGAAUUGUACAUUCGGGGUAGAAGAAGGCAAGUUUCUCGGGGUCAUGGUCGGGUCAAAAGGCUUACGAGCCAACCCCGACAAGAUUGACGCUGUCCUUACAAUGAAGCCCCCGACAUCAAUUAAAGAAAUUCAGUCCUUAAAUGGACGAUUGGCCGCUCUCCAUCGGUUUUUAUCAAAAGCUGCAGACCGAUCGCUCCCAUUCAUGGACGUUCUCAGAAAGAGCUUUAGAUCGGAGUUUAAAUGGACGGGAGAGGCUGCACGAGCUUUCGAAGAACUUAAAGAAUGUUUGGGCACCCUACCAACCCUCACCGUACCGGAAGAAGACGAAGUAUUAACGGUAUAUUUAGCUGCAUCGUUCGGAGCCAUCAGCGCGGUAUUAGUUGCCCACCGAACUGGAAAACAAAUCCCCAUUUAUUAUGUAAGCCGAACGUUAAAGGACUACGAAACAAGAUAUUCAAAUUUGGAAAAAUUAGCCUUGGCCCUAGUCCAUGCUUCAAGAAGGCUUCGCCGAUAUUUUCAGGCCCAUCCAAUCGAGGUACGAACGGACCAAAGAAUCCAACACGUUCUCCGAAGACCCGAAGUCUCAGGCCGAAUGGCGAAAUGGGCGAUUGAGUUGGGCGCAUUCAAUAUUACCUUCCGAACUAAAGGUCUGUUGAAAGGACAGGUGAUAGCUGAUUUUUUGGUCGAAAUACCGGAAGAGAAAGAAACUGAAGAGGCAGGCAAAGCUCCGGAGAAGCCAUGGUCUUUAUAUACCGACGGUGCCUCUAGUGCCGAAGGAUCAGGAGCGGGCCUAAUUCUCACCGAUCCAGACGGAACAGACGUAACGUAUGCGCUCCGACUAGAAUUCAAAAGUUCCAACAACGAGGCUGAGUAUGAAGCUCUCCUGGCCGGCCUACGCCUAGCACAGAAAGUCGGAGCCAAGAAUGUUGUAGCCCAUGUAGACUCGCUGCUCGUAGCAAAUCAGGUAAAUGGAGAAUACGAGGCGAGGGAAGCAAACAUGAUCGAGUAUCUCGAGCAAGUAAGGCAGGCAAUGGCUUUGUUCGAAGCAUGUAGGGUCGAACAUAUCCCCCGAAGCAAAAACAAAAAAGCGGAUGCAUUAAGCAAAUUGGCAUCAGUAUCAUUCAGCCACUUGGCCAAAGAAGUGAGAGUGGAAGUUUUAGCUACACCGUCAAUCGCAGCUCCGCAAGUAAUGCAAGUUGAAGUUCCACCACAAACAUGGAUGACGCCGAUAAUUAAUUAUUUGGUGCAUGAUGUUCUGCCAACUGACAAAGCGGAAGCAAGAAAAGUCCAGAUCAAUUCCCUCCAGUAUCAGAUGCAGGAAGGAGGAUUAUACCGAAAGACCUUUCUCGGACCAUUGCUAAAGUGUCUGGAUCCGGAGCAAGCUAGUUACAUCAUACGGGAAAUACACUACGGCAUCUGCGGUAUCCACGCCGGACCCAAAAUGAUCGUAACAAAGGUAAAAAACGCAGGGUACUACUGGCCCAGAAUGCAUGAAAGCGCCGUAAAAGAGCUCCAGCAAUGUGACGAAUGUCAAAGGCACGCACCAACCAGCCUCCGAGCUAAAAAUGAAAUGAUUCCAGUAACCGCCGCAUGGCCUUUUCAAAAAUGGGGAGUUGACAUCGUCGGACCUUUUCCGAGAUCAAGCGGAAGCGCACAGUAUCUGUUGGUCGCGGUGGAUUAUUUCACCAAGUGGGUAGAAGCUCGCCCGUUUACAACCAUCUCCGGCUACAAUGUGACGCGAUUUUUCUGGGAGCAAAUAGUGUGCCGAUUCGGCCUACCGCUCUACAUCAUAAGCGACAAUGCAAAACAGUUUGCAGAAAACCCCUUCAAGCGAUGGUGUGAAAGGUUAAAAAUCAAUCAAGUUUUUUCCUCGGUUGCCCACCCUCAGGGCAACGGGCAGGUUGAACAGAUCAAUCGACGCAUCGUCGACGGCAUAAAAAGAAGGCUAGGUCAGGAAGGAAAAGGUUGGGCGGACGAACUGCCAAACGUCCUAUGGGCACACCGAACACUGCACAAGACCAGCAACGGUGAGACACCGUUCAGCUUGACCUACGGUACCGAAGCAUUAAUUCCGGCCGAAAUCGGGCUCCGAAAUCAAAGAUGCAAGAAUUGGGAAGAAAACGAAUGUGAACUCCGGUCCAACCUUGACCUACUGGAGGAACGCCGAAACAUAGCGGCAAUCAAAGAGGCUCGGUAUAAGAAAAAAAUCGAAAAGUAUUACAAUGCUCGGGCUAAAAUUUACAAGUUCAAAGUUGGAGAUUAUGUGCUCCGAAACAACGACGCAAGUCGCACCGAAACCCCCGGCAAACUAACCCCAAAGUGGGAAGGGCCAUACAGAGUCAAGGAAGCCAGUGAGAAGGGCUCGUAUGUGCUAGAGAAGCUUGACGGAACCCCAGUGCCUCGAACAUGGAAUGGGGUACACUUAAAAAAGUGCUUCAUGUAA